AUGUUCAAAGGUAUCUUCCCGAAAAGGUCGCCGAAGGUAGUCCUUGAGCAUCGAACUGAACGUGCUGGGAGCGGUUUGCCAGAGCAAGCUACCAGUGGGAAUGGAGACGACGAAACGAUUAAUCAGUUUUGUUUUCGUCACGAGAAGAAGCUGGACAAAGAGUCACUGCGACUGGUUAUAUUGGCUGAGAGUGAAAAGAGAAUUCUCUUUGACAGUGAAACAGUUUUACCGGUGAACACGCCCGGCGUCCCGGCGAAGGCACCGCUCUCGAACUGUGGCCGAUUUCAGAUGAGCAGCCGGCGGCCGGGUCCUGCCGGCGAUUGGUUUUAA